GGCUUGGCGCGGCCCUCUGCCUGCCUGCGGCCUCUGCUGCUGCCGGCGGGCUCCAGCUCCGGGAGCUGAAAGUUCCUGCAUGGGGACGUGAGAGCGGUGCUUGGGGGUGCUGCCACCCGCCUUGGGGAUGUCAGUCUGCUGCUUCUUGUGUCAGCCCUGGAAAAAACCCAAGCAGUGCUGGGGCCCGUCUGCGCUGCAGGCUGAUCCCUGUUAGCCGGGACUGAGGGUCCUUUUCCUUUCCAGGUGGCCUCACUUCGGGUCUCUAGCCACCAGUUUUCGUUAAAACAAACAAACAAAACCCCAAACAAACAAAACCUACGAAAAACAAUCCCCCAACUUAUAUGAACAUUAUUAUUAUUAUUAAGGAUUCUGUCCAUGCCCAAGUGUUUGAAAUUCGUGGCUGUGAGGAGGGAGAUGGCACAAUGGCACAUCCUGUGUUUCCUUUGGAAGCCAAGCUAAAUGCUGACGAGUAGGAAUGGGUAGAAAAUAGGUGGCAUGAAAACUGGCAAGCUUUUUUCUGUGCUUAGUUGCAUAAACUAAUGACUAUGGAAACCAGUCUUUCUGAUACUAGGGUUGCAAAACCUUGGCUUACCAUUUGGCAGCAAGACGUAACCCACAGAAAGCAUGUAUUGAACCUAUUUCCAAGCUCACUGAGACCCGAGAUUUUUUGGACCUCCUCAAAUGUGACCAGUAAAACAAUACUAAAUAUGAUCUUCAAUGCUGAUGAGGCCCACAACAUAGUUAAGGAGUGCAUAGAAAGUGUUUUAGGCAAGGCAGAUUAUAAUCACAACAAAGUCAACCAGUGGACUGCUGCUAUAGUAGAACAGUCGCUGACACAUCUGGUAAAACUUGGAAAAACGUAUAAGUACAUUGUAACUUGUGCAGUGAUGCAGAGGAGUGGAGCUGGUCUUCACACAGCAAGCUCAUGCUUCUGGGAUACUACAACUGAUGGAACCUGCACAGUGAGAUGGGAAAACCGAACAAUGAACUGCAUUGUCAAUGUGUUUGCUGUUGCUAUUAUCCUGUAGCUGACUAGAAGAUCAACACAAGCAACACCGAAGCCUUUAAAAAAAAAAAAAAAUCAUCCAAACACAUGGCUAAAUAUUUCAAACCAUUAUUUGUUUUCGUAUGAGGAGCAUACAGAAGUUCUCUACAGAGGGCAUACGGUCUAAGCCAGUUCUCAUAGAUUAAUUAUCUGAAAGCUAGCAAAAAAUUUAAAAUAUAUAUAUAUGUAUUUAUCUAAACAGAAAGUUUUAAUAAUUUAGUAUAUGUUAAGGAGCCACAAAGAUCAAUACAAUUUAUAUCAAAGCUAAUAUCAAAGAUACUUUAUUCAAGAGGAGCAAAACACAUCAGAUCAAAGGAAAGGUCAAAGAGCAAGCAAGACCUCUCAGGAUUGUGAUGCAUUUGGGAACAAAUUAUGAACACAGUUCAGAGUGGAUAUACUGUAAACAAUACUGGUGCUUCAUGUUUGAGUAAGCAAAGCUGUCACAUUGACUGCUGCUGCUUAUGAAAUUACGUGAGCAUCACAUUUCGGUCAAGCAUGAAAAUUUAUAUUGAAAUUAAAUCCAGUUAAGCUUUUUCCCUGGAGACAGAGGAUGACUUUAUUAGGAUAAAGGUGAAAUAUACCUAGUCCUAGCAGAAUUCUAAUUUAUCUUCAGAAUUAAGAACAUAAUACUUACUUAUUAUCAAUUCAGGGAUACAUGCUGGGGAUCAGGCAUCAGCCCUUAAUUCAUAGUUUAUAAAUCUGAAAACAUUCUGAAGGUACUUAAAUUUUAUAUUAUUCCACAACUGCGCAAUUUGUGACAAGCACUUUGUUGAUUCCUCAUGCAGUAUCCAGGAGCUAGGGCAGUAAGACUGGACCCACAUUACUCGAAGUAGAAUUUAAGUGUUUGGAGAGAAGGCACAGAUGUUUCUAGGGGUCUUGUUAGCUUUGAAAGCAUUUAUCCUAAAGCAACCUAUCUGCUGUUUAUAGGAGUGUUUCCUACAUUCUCUAAGCCUAGAAUUGGGUCUUGAUCCUGUGAAAUAAUACAGUUAGUUUUAAGCACUCAGAAUUCCCUUCCUAUAUAGAUUUAUGCAAGUUCUAACUUUGCUCACCUGAUGAGUCUUAACUUGAAAUAUUCCACAUGGAAGAAAAGCAUUUGCACACAACGCAAGUAUUUGCUGGAUUGGGGCCUACAUUUUUGUUGAUUAAUGCACAAAUUAUAUGAUAAAGAGAUUUAUCAAUACCAAAAAUGCCUAAAUGAUUGCUGCCACUAAGUGGCAGCUGCAUUAAGUUGUUUUCUCAGAUGCUGCUUCAAGGUAGAAUUUUGUCUUUGUUACUGCAUGUCUUUGGAAGAAACUGGUAACUACCUAACAGCUACUGUAAGGCUGUUUUGGAUUUUAACAAAUGAAUAUUAAAGCACUAUUACACAGAC